AGAUGGUGAGUGAGGAGGAGCAGAAUCCUCAGCGGGAAGAGGCUGAGCAAAUACAACCAUAUGCAGUCAGAUCCAAAGGAAAUGUGUCCCGGAGUCAUGAGCAGGGAAAAGCCUGUGAGCAUCAGCACAAGUCAGAGAAGUGGCAGGAAAACCAGUCAAGGGAGAAAGUUGGAAAAUCUGUUAAUUGUGAGGGAACUCAGAAGGGUCUCAAGGAAACCAAAGCCCAGCAGAGCAUCCCUGUAGGAGAGAGAAAUAACACAUGCUCUGAGUGUGGGAAAAACUUCCACAGCCACUCACACCUUAUUAGACAUGAGAGAGUCCAUACUGGAGAGAGACCCUAUGUAUGCUGUCAGUGUCGGAAAAGCUUCACUCAGCGCUCACACCUUCUUACACAUCAGAGAAUCCACACAGAAGAGAGCCCCUAUGAAUGCCAUCAGUGUGGAAAAAGCUUCAAGGAGAGAUCAAACCUUAUUACACAUCAAAGAAUCCAUACAGGGGAGAGACCCUAUGAAUGCUGUUAGUGCGGGAAAACCUUCAAUCACAGCUCAGCC